UUUAUGCUCGAGUAAGAACAACCCGAAACGCAAAGGAGGCCAAAGCCCCGCCGCGUAUACGUCAAAAACGUCGUCCGAAAAAAAGUGUGUAAAUUUUUCAAUCCCGAAAAUAUUGGUUUGAUCUGAAAUUCGCGUCCGCUUGCCGUCGAUUUCUGGGCAAUGCCUUGAAGUGCGCGUGUGAUAUUCUGAUACAUGCAAUUCGGUUCUGGUUCGUGAAAUUGUGGCUCCGUUUCGGGAAUCGUAGUGAAAAAAGUGAGAGUGAAAACGCGCAAGAAGAAUCUACUACGCGAAUGUCGAUUCCUUCUUCAUCGGGGUCCACUUUUGGCUUCGACUUCUGCUGCUGCUGCUGCUGAAAAACGAGCAGUUCAGGGGAAAUAAUGUCGGAAAUUAAACGUGUGACACUGACCACGAUCAGUGAUGUGGUGAAGAAGAGUCCUUUUGGCGGUGCGUUGGAUCAAAACACGGACAACUUUCCAGCCGGGAGUGCCUUCGGAGUUGGGUUGGGAAGCGGAGGAGGCGGCGUAACGGGAGCCGGGUCCUCCGGAAAGAAUGCGGCCAGCAAAGCGCGAAAAACCGUCCGCCUGGCGCUGGAGCUGUUCGAACCGACGGCGCAAAGCUUUCCCGAGUUCAACUUCUCCAAACUCAUGCACGAGGAGCAGAAACGCCAACGCAAAGCCGAGAAGAAAUCCGUCUCAAACGGGUUCCUGUCGGACGCCGACAACGACGACGACGUGGCCCGAAUUGCACGUGAAUUGGAGAAAAAAUAUGGCUCCGGUACGGCUUACAGCAGCUCCGGCAAGUCGGCCCGUUCCUCACAGUUGGACGUCUACGACAGAGGGGCGGGUUAUGAUGAGGAGGACUCCUUCAUCGAUAACACCGAAGCGUACGACGAGUUGAUUCCGCAGGAAGUGGAGACCGUGGGCGGGGGAUUCUACAUCAACUCUGGCCAGUUGGAGUUCAAGACACUAUCGAAUUUCGAACGGCCGGAAGAUGCCGAACGGAUGCCCAAGCCGAAGAAGCGACUGCUGUCGACUUCGAGCGAAAGCGACAGCGAAAAUGAAAAGGCGCCAAGAAAGAGGAAGGAUGAGGUAGGAAGCGCUGCAACAAGCGGAGCAGAAAGCGGAAAGAGCGGUAAGACUGAGAGGAAACGCUUGAACGGACACGUCGGCAAGAAGCCGAAGGUGAACAGUGAGAAGACUGAGGAGAAAUUGUUGGCAAAGAAGAAGAAAGAGGAUAAGGAAGCUAAGGAAGGCGGUAAAGAAGUCAAGGUAGUUAAGACAAUUACAGUGAAGGAUAUGUUGAGAGCGAAGCGGGAUAGUAUGCGAAAAAUCGAACAGGAGAAGAAAGGCAGGAGUAGUGCAACGGUUUCCAGCUCAGAAGCUGAGGAAGAUGACGAUGGUGAAGAUGAAGAGGACGAGGAGGAUGGAAGUGAGGCCAGCGAUAGUGAUUCGAGUGAUAGCGGCUCGGAUGAUUCGGAUAGUGAUAGUGCUUCUGGUACUGAACCGGAACAACCGCCGAAAGUCAAUGGCGAAGAGGCGCCUAAGAAGCAAAACAGUGUCCGACUGCCCGACAAUCUUCCGGAUCAUUUGCUACAGGACUUGAACGAUUUGAAGGAACUUGCCGACAAAGCAACUGGGAGGUUCAACUUUUUCGAAACCGCUGUCGCAGAUCUGCUGCUGCAAAUCGAUGUGACUUCGAGAAUGUGCGGAGGAAGCGCAAGGAACACAAUCUAUAAACAUCUGGAGGAGCACUUGCGCGUAAGCCAUCAAACGUUGAUGAUCAAAAUUAAAAAGAUUCGAAUACGGAAGGAAGACGGCAAGGUCAAGAAAGUGCUCGAUAAACUUGAAGACGCAGUGACUGAGAUGAUGCCGAAGAUAAUCACGAAUUAUGAGGCGGAGAAGCUCAAGGCGAUCGAGCUUCGUAACUCGUUGCCCGUCGGUGAAAAUGGAGAAAAACCAGAAGUCAAACAUCCAAAGAAAAAGUUCCCCUGGAAUGAUCAGGUACGGGGAUUGCUCUACGAAAUUGCCAGUAUCAGGAAACAGUCGUUCAACAUCCUCCGGCCUAGGAAAGAAACGGAGGCAGAGUUCAUCCAAAGCUACCUGCAGAAAAAUGUCGUACCUCUAUGGCCAAGCGGAUGGAUGAAGUUCGAAGAUCUUCAGAAGGAGUUGGAUCGACGGAAAAAGAACGAUGGCAAAGCCAGCAAAGAAGCCAAAAAGACUGUCCAACUGUCGAACGUGCCCACUGCUCUUCCAUCCCCAACUCUUGCCACUGGUGGCGCAGGGAAAGCGGAAACAGUAUUGCCUUCCGUAGCCAAACUGUCCGGGUCCAAAACGGAAGAGAAGAAGUCGGUGCGACCACCUCAAUCAUCACCGGUGGGAGUGACCGCAGCUGCAUCUAGUCCUGCACAACCACCUCCCAGCACAUCUCCAGCUGCCUCCAAGAAGACUUCAGACCACAGCAUUAUCAACAUCAUAAGUUCGCCUCCCAGCAAAACUAGUUCCUCGCAACAUUCCAGUCAAUAUCAAUCUCAUCCAUCACCGCAACCGCCACGACCUCAAUCUCUAACGCCUCGACCGCUAUCCAAUUUCGAUGAAGAUCUCAUCCAAGCGCACGUCAUCAACAUAGAACCAGCUCACAGUGCUUCGAAAACUUCCCCACUUCCGAUGGACUUCCGAAUCAACUCCCCUGCGCUGUCGUCGGCAUCUUCAGCUUCCUCCUCUCGUAGAGCAUCGUCCUACCAAGAGCAGCCUCCGAUGGCACACAGGAAUUCAACGCCUGCAAGUGCAAAUAACCGAAAGAGCCUAGACGACGACAGUGACAGCAGUAUUGAAAUCAUCGGCGAAUACAAUGUCGGCGAAAAGAAGGUCGAUUGUGUUCUGGAUUUGGCCCUCCCGUCGAUCAACAAAGACAAGUACAAAAAGCCACCAAAUGCUGGCAAAGCUGGAUCGAGCCGUCCCACUAGCGAAAGCACCACAAGUUCCACCGCCAUGCGAGGUUCACCCAUGGGUAUCAACAGCACUACCAACAACAACAACAACAGCUACGAGAAGCCAAAUAAGUACGGCCAAAAGACCCCGUCGUCUUCUUCCACGUCAUCGACACCGACGUCGAGUAUGAAGGCGGCGAACAUGGCGGGAAGUUUUGCCCUACCCAACGCCGUGACCAGUCUGCUGCAGGACUUCAAAUCAAGCCCCCAGGGAACUUCAUCGCGGAUGACGUCCUCUCCUGGUGAUCUGGACGUGUUCCGAAUAAUGAAGGAACUCCACGAGUUGCAGGCUAUUCAAGCCAGUGCUGCCAGUGGCAAAGCUGGCUCAUCCCACGGUGGUCACAACCGCGGCAACAGCCCAAAACCGUCGCAUUCGUUUGGACCCUCCAAGCCGAAGCAAGACGGAGCACCUUACGCCGGAAGUUCUUCACAGCAUUACAACCAAUCGCCAAAAACGUCGACUACGGCGAAUGUCUCCCAGCAGCAGAAGCAACAGCCAGCCCACCACAUACAAAUUCCCCAACUGGCGCAGUUUCUGCCUCGGUCGUAAAAGCAGCCGGAUCAGGGUGCAACAAAACUGCAUCUGUGACCAGCAACAGCAACACUGCCGCCGUGCCACCGAGUGUCAUUCAACAGCAAAUCUACACCGUCACUUCCAUACAAUCGGUUCCACCACCAAAGUGAUCGAACUCGACAGCUUCGAGGAUGAUUUCCUGUUUGCCAACUACUCGUAUGAUAGCACCAAAAGGCGAUCCUACAAGUGAUGGGGGACCUAAGCCGAGAAAUCUCUACUAAGAAACAAACAAAAAAAGACUGCCCAAGCAUGGCUGCCAUCGUGAUUUAGUUAAUGUUCGUUUUUUUUUUCUCGGGCUUUUGUUACGGUAGAACCGUUUUUUUUUGUUAGUUGCUGGUUUCAUUUAUUGGUCAUGUAUUUGAAGAGAGAAACUUCAACAACGGUCGGCUUAAACGGCACCGGAAGCAACAGUCCGAAAGUGCUGAACCCGAUGGCGGCGACUAGGAAAGCCAAUGGACCACCCUGAAGAGAUUCGCCAAGAGAGUUGGUCGAAACG